GCAUAGAUCCAAGGUUGGCCUACAACCAAAGGGAAUGACUCCGCUGAAUUUACCCCUCAUUGAAGAAACAGGAGGAAAGUUACUCUUGGAACAGGUGACCUUUGGGGAUGUGGCUCUCUAUUUCACCGAGGAGGAAUGGAAACUCUUGGAUCAAAACCAAAGAUCUUGGUAUAACAUAGUCAUGAUGGAAAACUACGAGAAUGUGUCCUACUUGAGAGAUAACUGGUGGAAAACAAAAGUAAACAUGAAGUGCAAGAAGUCUCUUAGUCUCAAAGUGGGUCUUGCUACACACCUCCAAACCCACAAAUGCCUUCAAUGUGGGAAACACUUUGCUCACAAGUCAGACGUUUUGAGGCACCAGAGAGUCCACACAGGAGAGAAACCCUACAAAUGUCAACAGUGUGGGAAAUGUUUUGCUUAUAGUUCAGACCUCAUGAAGCACCAUAGAGUCCACACGGGAGAGAAACCAUACAAAUGCAAUCAGUGUGGGAAAUGUUUUGCUUGGAAGCCACACCUUGAGUGCCACCUCAGAGUCCACACAAGGGAGAAACCAUUCAAAUGCCAGCAGUGUGGGAAAAGUUUUGCUCAGAAGCCACAACUUGAGAGCCACCUGAGUGUCCACACAGGAGAGAAACCACACCAAUGUCAGCAGUGUGGGAAAGGUUUUGUUCGCCAUUCAAGCCUUGUUACUCACCAGAGAGUCCACACAGGAGAGCAACCAUACAAAUGCCAUCAGUGUGGGAAAUGCUUUCCUUACAAGUCAGAUCAUGAGCGUCAUCUGAGAGUCCACACAGGAGAACAGCCAUACCAGUGCCAGCAGUGUGGGAAAUGUUUUGCUCACAAGCCACAUCUUGAGCGUCACCUGAAAAUCCACACAGGAGAGAAACCACACCAAUGUCCGCAGUGUGGGAAAGAUUUUGUCCGCCACUCAAGCCUUUUGAUUCAUCUUAGGGUCCACACAGGAGAGAAACCAUACCAAUGCCAUCAGUGUGGGAAAUGUUUUGCUUACAAUGGACAGCUGCAUUCUCAUAAAAGGAUCCACACAGGGGAGAAGCCAUACGAAUGCGUGGAAUGUGGAAAGAACUUCUCUCACAACGGAGCUCUACAUUCCCAUCAGAGGGUGCACACAGGGGAAAAGCCUUACGAAUGCAUCGAAUGUGGAAAGUUCUUUAGAUGGAGUUCAGCGUUUACUAAACAUCAAAGAAUCCACACAGGGGAGAAGCCGUAUAAAUGCUCAGAAUGUGGAAUGAACUUCAGUGAUGGUGGAUCGUUAACUAAGCAUCGAAGAAUUCACACAGGGGAGAUGCCAUAUAAAUGCAUGGAAUGUGGAAUGAGUUUCAGUGAUAAUAGUACAUGUAAUAAACACCAGAGAGUUCACACAGGGGAGAAGCCAUAUAAAUGCAUUGUAUGUGGAAAGGCCUGCUCUCAGAUUGGACAGCUGCAUUCCCAUCAAAGGAUCCACACAGGGGAGAAGCCAUAUAAAUGUAUGGAAUGUGGAAAGGACUUCUCUCAGAGUGGACAGCUGCGUUCCCAUCAAAGGACCCACACAGGAGAGAAGCCCUAUAAAUGUGUGGAAUGUGGAAAGAGCUUUCGUCAAAGUAGCAAUCUGCGUUCCCAUCAAAUGACCCACACAGAGGAGAUGCCAUAUAAAUGCACGGAAUGUGGAAUGAGCUUCCGUGAUGAUAGAGCAUUAGCUAAACAUCAGAGGAUCCACACACGGGGGAAGCCAAGUGUAUGCAUGGAAUGUGGAAAGAGCUUCAAAUAUAGUUCAGCAUUUGUUAAACAUCAAAGAAUCCACACAGGGGAGAAGCCAUAUAAAUGCCUGGAAUGUGGGAAGAGCUUUAGCGAUAGUAGUUCAUUAACUAAACAUCAAAGAGUUCAUACAGGGGAGAAGCCUUACAAAUGCAGGGAAUGUGGGAAGAGCUUCAGUGAUAGUGGAACAUGCACGCGGCAUCAAAGAACCCACACAGGGGAGAAGCCAUUUAAAUGCAUUGAAUGUGGGAAAAGCUUCAGCCGGAGUGCAGAUCGCCGUUCCCAUCAAAGGGCCCACACAGGGGAGAUGCCAUAUAAAUGCAUGGAAUGUGGAAUGAGUUUCAGUUGUAGUCGAUCAUUAACUAAACAUCAAAGAAUUCACACAGGGGAGAUGCCAUAUCAAUGCGUAGAAUGUGGGAUGAGUUUCAGUGAUGACAGAUCAUUAACUAAACACCAAAACAUUCACACAGGGGAGAAGCCUUAUAAAUGUAUGGAAUGUGGGAAGAGCUUUGGUAAUGCUUCAACGUGUGCUAGACAUAUAAGAAUACACACAGGGGAAAAGCCAUAUAAAUGUAUGGAAUGUGGAAAAAGCUUCAAUCAGAGUGGACAUCUGCGUUACCACGAAAGGACCCACACAGGAGAGAGGCCACAUAAAUGCAGGGAAUGUGGAAAGAGCUUCAGCCAAAGAGAAGGUCUGCAUGUCCAUCAAAAAACUCAUAUGGGAGGAGAAACUAUAGAAAUGUAUGGACUGUGGGAAGAGUUUCAGUGGUAGUUGAGUAUGCACUACAUGUCGAACAAUCCAUAAAAAGAAAUGUUUCGAUUUAUUGUCGAAGGCUUUCAUGGCCGGAAUCACUGGGUUGUUGUAGGUUUUUUCAGGCUAUAUGGCCAUGUUCUAGAGGCAUUUUCUCCUGACGUUCCGCCUGCAUCUAUGGCAAGCAUCCACAGUCCAUACAUUCCUUUCACAGGACUUGCAUUGCUUGUGUGUUUUUGCAUGUCAGGGGCCUGGAUUUUGCUCAUCCAUGUGUUCUCUCCCAACUCUAUGAUUCUGUGACCCACACAGAGGAGAAGCCACAGAAAUAUGGAAUGGGGAAAGAACUUCAAGGAUGGCCAAGAAGGCAUCCUUGAACUCGCACUGUUAUUGAAGGAGUGCUUCCUUUGGAUUUCCAAAUUGUCUCAAAGUGAAAAUGUUCAUUUUCCCAGCCAAGUGUCCUAUCAUUUUCAAAGGAGGGUAGAUGGUGAUCUGUUGGGGGUGCUUUGAUUGUGCUUUUCCCCCCACUGGAGGUUGUAAGGGAUGGCCCAUGUGGUCUCUUCCAACUCUACGAUUCCAUGUUGCUUCCA